AUGGGUCAAGAAUACUUCACCAAAUUCAUAUCUAUCGUCCCUCAUCACUCCAUAACUCUUGACUUCAUGCCUAGUAACGUCAUGAUUGAAGGUUCGUGCCUUACCUCUCAUGUUCUUCUUUGUUCCAUCAACAACAAUAAUUUCAAAAACCUUCUUUACUAUGUUUGUAAACUCACUACUAGAGAAUGGGUUAAACUUCCAAACCCUAAAUCUCGUUGCACCACCAUGAAGAUGGCUAUCAAGCAAUAUGAUUCUUUCCAUUUCAAGAUAAUUCGAUUUUCAUGGUCUAGACACAAUGGUCCAUAUACCCAUUGGGAGAUAUUUGAUUCCAAGAAAUGGGCUUGGCUUAAAUACAAUGAGUAUAAGAAGUUGCCUUUGUUUACAUUUGUUUAUGGGCUUGAAGUAGUUUCUAAAGGUUACUACUUCCAUUGGCAAAUUAUCAUCAACAACAAGAAAAUGAUUCUUGCAUUCAACAUUGAUUGUGAGAAUUGGAAAUUGAUUUCAUUUCCAAAACAUUUAGAAAUGUUGAAUAGUGAUUUUUGCAUUGAUAAGGAAUUGGUGGAGUGUGAAGGUGAUCAUGGAGUGAUGUAUAGUACUAAAGCAUGGAUGGAGCUUUGGAUCAUGGAGGAUUACUCAAACCAAUUAUGGGAGAAGAAAUAUAGAGUGAGUUUAGAAGUUUUGAAUCGAGAAAUUCCAUGGAAGCGAUUAUUAGCUUUGUACACCAUUGAUGUGGCUUUGAUGUAUGGAUUUGGUAAGUUAAUUUGGUAUGAUUGUAAGAAAGAGGUUCAAAUUGAUGUGGUGGAGGCUCAAUUUGAAACCAUUGUUGGUGUUCAUGCUUUCCAAUCUGAUUUCACACCCUGCAAUGUUUUGGCCACACCGUCUCAAAGAAUGAUGGAAUGUUAA